AAAAAAAAGUUCUUAAGCCAUCCUUUUUUUUUUUUCCUUUUCUCUCUCAUAUUUUUUUUUUCUUUUUAACCUUAUCAUGGGGAUUCAUAUUUCAAAAAUAGAACAUAAUACAACGAAAUCAAACAGACCGACUACAACAACAAGAACCUCAUCAUCUAUAUAUCCUUAUCUUCUUAAAUCUCAUACUAAUGGUAAUGGUCGUCGUUUAGAAUAUGGAUGUCUCUUACCUCAAGGCAUUUACCCUUGUGCAUCUUGCGAUUAUGAUGCAAAAGCUGUACGUAAAUUUAUCAAAGCAGGACUUUUGGCACCUUUUUUUACUGGGUUGAAUGAUCCUCCUUCAUUGGUAAAACAAGUGAUACCUAUACCCCAACAACAGAAUAACAACGAUAAUAAUGAUUUCAAUGAUAACAAAACUGUUGUACGAAUACGAAACAAACUCAAGCAUCGGUUAUUAUUAUUACGAUCAUCAACUCCAUGGUUAGAUCAAAAUUUGGAUAAGGAUACUAUUGAAUGCCCAAUUUGUUUAUUGUAUUAUCCAUUUACAAAUUAUACUAGAUGUUGUGGUCAACCCAUAUGCACAGAUUGCUUCCUACAACUCCGUCGAUCGGACGAAUCACCAUUGGAUCCAGCCGCAUGUCCUUUUUGUGUGCAACCUAAUUUGGGUGUUAUUCAUAUUCCUCCUGAAUGGAGUCAACAAUAUAAGAUAUUCAAACAACAACGUAUGGAUAUAUGUAUGUUAUGGGAACCAGAAGAGGAUGGAAAUACAACCGGUAAGAAACAACGAUGGAAGAAAUUGGGUCCCAAUGACCGACAUGUAGUUUUGGUGGAUCAAGUACGACCAAAUUGGCAAGAUCAAUUUGAUUUGACAGCACAACAACAACAACGUCGUUCUUUUUACGAGGUGGAUCAGCAACGAAGGCAUCGAAGACGGCUUUCUGGUACUAUGGCUGGUUCUGGCACCACGCGAAGAAUCAUCGUUCGUCCUACCAUUCAACCUACUUAUACCGCCAGCUCCAUGUAAAUAUAGUUUAUACUUUUAUUUUUAUUUUUAUUACCUACAUAUAUAUAUUCUAAUAAUAAACACUGUCGAUGAAACUUUUGUUGAAAUCAAGUAU